CUACCUCGGGGAUGGUGUUCGACUUCCUGGGAGGCCUGGGGCAGAUGGCAUUCUCCUUCUCAGGCCAUAACGUCGUGCUGGAGAUCCAGGCCUCCAUCCCGUCCACGGCGGAGACGCCGUCCAAGAAGCCCAUGUGGAAGGGCGUCAUCGUGGCCUACACCAUCGUCUUGCUCUGCUACUUCCCGGUCGCUUUCGUCGGCUACUGGGCCUUCGGCAACAGCGUCGACGACAACAUCCUCAUCACCCUCAACACGCCCAAGUGGCUCAUCGCCGCCGCCAACAUGAUGGUCGUCGUCCAUGUCAUCGGAUAUGUUACCGACGUGUAUACCUUUGGGCCGACAUUCCGGGCCGAAAAAUCCCACACGUCAAGGCAUCUGGCCGAGUUCUGGAUGGUGGGGGCAGAAAUGGCAUUUGCAAACUUGCAGGAUGAUAUGAACCGUGCAGAAAGCUACGUGCAAUACCUUUGCAAAUGGUUACUCGAGCAUUGCCGAGCAGAGAUGGAAUUCAUGGUCAAGAAUCAUGAUGAGGCCGCAAUCGAGCGCCUGGAGCUUGUUUCGUCGACGCCGUUUGAACGCAUUUCGUAUACAAAGGCCGUUGAGAUACUCAAAGAUGCAGAUAAAAAGUUCGAGAACAAAGUUGAGUGGGGAAUUGAUUUAGCAUCCGAGCAUGAGAGGUAUUUGACGGAGGUGGUGUUUAAGAAGCCAGUAAUUGUUUUUAACUACCCAAAAGGAAUAAAGGCAUUUUAUAUGAGGCUCAAUCAUGACCAAAAGACUAUUGCUGCUAUGGAUGUUCUUGUUCCCAAGGUUGGUGAAUUAAUCGGUGGAAGCCAGAGGGAGGAGCGUCUAGAUAUUCUUGAACAAAGGUACUGUGCUGGACUUUAA